CUCUUCUACACGACGGGAAAAGGCUGACGAGAGACGAGAGACCACCAUCAUCAAACGCGCCCACCUCAGGGACGUUCCAGACGUGAUCCCAGACGUCGGUGACCUCAUUUCCCGACACUCAACCAUGGCAGCCUCAAUUCGGGAACUUCUAUGCGGCGGACAUUGCCAGAUUCCUGCAGGCAUGGCCUGGCCUCACGCCUCGAGAGAAGAGAGCAAUGUUGACGUCGCAGUGUCAUUCUUAAGUAAUCUUAACCACACAAAAAAGACACAUGCGACAUGGCACAGGCCAAGCCAGAGCGGAAUCAGCCUUCAGCCCUUCAAGAGAUGAAAAAAAGUCAAUUGGAUUCGUCAGCCCAGCCGUGCCACCCUGGUGCCCGUCAGCUCUUGGCGGGAUCUGCCGCAUGCUGGUGUGGACUUGUGGUGACGGCAGGCUCUAUCAAUCUGCUGCUCGCGACCUCACGAUGAUGCACAUGUAGUCCACCUGCGGAGAGAAAAGGCAGGUUGCGACGUUGCGAUAUGGUGGACUUCUGACAUAAUACUCUCCCGGGACGUCUCCAGUCUCCAGAGCAAAAUUGGAGCAUCCCGAGUGGGUGCUGUUCGC